AUGGCGAGUCUAAGGUUGUUGCUCUUAUUGUCACUAGUGGCAUUUAUAAAUGCCAAACUAGGCAGACAAUCAGAAAGUGCUAUAGAUGAAUUAGAAAGGUAUAUACAAGAAAAGAAAGCUGAGAUAAAUCAAAGGUACAGGCUGCAUUAUCACGUCUCUGCUCCCGUGGGAUGGAUCAAUGACCCGAAUGGAUUUUCCGUUUACAAAGGCGAGUACCACCUUUUCUACCAAUUUUAUCCUUAUGACACCGUGUGGGGUCCGAUGCACUGGGGACACGUGGUUAGCCCCGAUCUAGUCAAUUGGCAAUGGCUGCGAACUGCGUUGCUUCCUGAAGAAGAAUAUUGUUUCUCGGGCAGUGCUGUUGUCGAUAACGACACAUUGGUUCUCAUGUAUACUGCCCAUAUAGAGGAUGAGGAUGAGGAGGGGUUUGACCAAACUCAAUACCUGGCUUUUAGUGAUGACGGUGAGAGGUUUACAAAGUAUGAAGGAAAUCCAGUGAUACCUAGACCAGAAAAUGGUUCACCACAUUUCAGAGAUCCUAAAACAUGGAAACACGGAGACUACUGGUACACCGUUAUUGGUGCUAGAACUAUAGAUGACAGAGGCACAGUUCUUCUUUACAGGUCCCCUGAUUUAUUUGAUUGGGAAUUCUUGACGGACUUAGGAGAAUCUGAUGGAACAAUGGGAUUUAUGUGGGAGUGCCCAGAUUUCUUUGAACUGGCCGGAAAAUAUGUACUUUUGUUAUCGCCUGAAGGCGUGGAACCGCCACCCGGUGGUUUAUAUAGAUCUCACAUAACUGGAUACAUUAUAGGAAGCUUCAAUUAUACUACCUAUGAGUUUAUACCUGAGGUGGAAUUCCAAGAACUUGACUAUGGUCAUGAUUUCUACGCUGCGCAGACGACAGACAGGGAUGGUAAAAGGUAUGUUGUCGGUUGGUUUAAUAUGUGGGGAGUAGAUCAUCCCGAAAAUGUUGAUGGAUGGGCUGGAGCGUUGACCCUGAUAAGAGAAUUGCAGCUGUAUGGAAAUCGUCUCUUAAUGAAACCCGUUGAUGAUCAAGUGACCUUAAGACAAGGUUCUAUAAACGUCACUUUGCAAACAAACUAUGGAGUUUCUUUUGAUGCUACUGGAGAAAUGAUCGUUGAAGGCGACCUGGACCAGGAUAUAGUGUUGGAAUUGACUGGGAACGCUGGUGGUCAACAAGUUUGGUUGCGUUGGAAUUCAGUAACCAAGAUUGUAUCCGUUGACAGAGGAAACGGUGACGUUAGACAGGUUGAUUGGACUCCUAUAGGGAGUACGUCCUGGAGGAUAUUCCUUGAUGCCAGUACUUUAGAGCUAUUUUGUGGGGAAGGAGAAGUGGUGUUCAGCAGCCGUGUGUACCCUGACGGUGGAUGGUUGGUCUUUAAUAGGAGUGUCCAGCCUUUGCAAGUGACAGCUUUUUUACUGAGCAGAAGCAUUCCAGUUUAAUUUUAAACGAAAAUUUUUUUUUUGAUAAUAAUAUAAACUGUUUGUUGUUGUUU